AUGUCGGCAAAUAAAGAUGGAGACGGUGGAUGGAAGAGCUUUGUGUGGAAUUCGGAAAGGAAGGAAUUUCUAGGACGCACGGGUGGCAGUUGGUGUAAGUACAUAAAUCCGUAAUAAGCUACUUUUAAUCGACGCUUUUCGGGAUAUUAACUCGAGGAUAAAAAUGAUAAAGAGUUUUAGCCCUGUUGUUUCUGUGUAUUCUCAGAAUACUGUAACGGCACAGAGUUUCAGACUCUUUCUGUAUUUCCUGAUUGAGAAAUACAGCACCUGUUUGAUUGGACAGAGCAUGCUAUUUCGUGAAAUUCACGUUCAAUGGCAAAAUUACAGGAGAAACAUAUUAAAUGAAUUAAACGUGAUUUAUAAACAACAAAUCUGUAAAAAAUAACCUUAUAACCUAUUGAUGGAAUACGAUUACAAUAAAUGUAAUGAUAAGUAGGACUGUCUAAAAGGCAAUUUAAAUAUAUUCAGACUUUUAGGUCCAGUGAACGUUAAUAAUGUUCCUAUCCGUUAUUGUUCGUUUAACGGGGUUGAUCAUGUACAGCGAAAGCCAGAGUCUGUGUCCUUUGCCAAAGAGGUCAUUUUGAAGGACAUAAUUGACAUUAUAUGGUGGCAUUCCGGAGUGUUGGAUUGCAACUAACAUGUGCUUGUCUUGCCAAAAUGGCAUGCUUGUUUCUGGUGUCACAUACUUAGCCUAGAUUGGAGAAAAUUGAUAAAGUUGAGAAAUAUGAGUUGCUUUCUUUCUCUGAACAAGAUAAUGUGCCAAAUGACAGGGGAACAACCAUAACCUCGUCAAUUAGCUGUUUAAUCCCAAUACCGUUGUUGUUUUUAAAGGAAUCAGGGUUCAAGGUUAGUAGUCAAGGUGAUCAGGCCCUUUCGCCUGAAGCUGAUGUCAUAGUUUUGGACCGAUAGAAUGUAAUGGACAUGAAGCCAACAAUGAGCAUUGAUUUACCAAUGAGCCACUUUUCUGUUCAACUGGUGAGCUUGCAACAUUGGAACACUGACGUCAUCGUUACAUUUUUUCGAGUGGGAGACUGUUGCAGUGGGUAGCUAGUUUAUCUAUUGGCAACAUUUAGGUUUUAUCUCGGCGCUUUUUCUACAUAGGAAGAGGAAGAUCAGCUCACGACUCACAUGCUCGGUUUCUCUAGGGACACCCCCCCACAGACAACUUUGUUUCUUUUAGCAGCUACUGCUAACAAUUUGUUGCUUAAAUCAAUUCCUCGAGUUCACAUAGGUAGGGCGAUUAUUACCGUAGGCUUUCACAAUACGAGAAAAAGAAAGACUUCGAUAGUACGCUCUAGUAGGGGACACAGGAUCAAGUCAAUCGUCGACGGUUGCCAGUUGUUUCCUGAAAGCGGACAGACUAUUGUUGGUAACGCAAAGGGCGCCUGUUCACUGAGAAGUGUUGGUGUAUCUGUCGAAACUGUUGCUGUUCUUUGAAUGAAUUUAUUGAAUUCAGAAGCUCAAUGAAAGUAGCUAGCUACGUGUAGAAAGUUCCAAGGUUUCUGGCGUGUUGCCUGUGUUUGCGUAGCCUACAUAUCUCUGUCGUAGCCGGCCGCGACCGGGAGACCCAUGGGGCGGCGCACAAUUGGCCCAGCGUCGUCCAGGGUAGGGGAGGGAAUGGCCGGCAGGGAUGUAGCUCAGUUGGUAGAGCAUGGCGUUUGCAACGACAGGGUUGUGGGUUAGAUUCCCACGGGGGGUAUGAAAAAUAAAAAUAAAUAUGUAUGCACUCACUAACUGUAAGUCGCUCUGGAUAAGAGCGUCUGCUAAAUGACUAAAAUGUACAUGUAAAAUGGAUAUCGCGCAAGGUAUUAUCAAGAGCACGUCGGACCAAAUCGAUGCGCUUGUUGCAGCCUGGUCUCAUACACUAUCGUAACAUAGUAAAGUAAAUCCGGGACUGAAAAAUUAGUAUGAUAUCAUUUUACAUGAUAUGUUAUGUUUGAUAUGGUUACAUAAGACAGAUGGUUACUUAAGGCAAGAACGAAAGUCGGGUGGAUGGGUGGGUGUAUAACGUGAAUGUCUAACAACCCAAAGGUUGCGAGUUCGAAUCUCAUCACAUACAACUUUAGCAUUUUAGCUAACUACUUACUACCUUUUAGCUACUUUGCAACUACUUAGCAUGUUAGCUAACCCUUAAGUCUUUAACCUAACUCAUAAAUGUAAUCCUAACCCCUAGCCUAGCUAGAAUUCGUGACAUAUAAUACAAAUAAAUUGUAGUUCAUAACAUAUCAUACAAAAUGGGUGAUGGACAUCCACAAAUUAAUACAUACCAUACGAAAUGUAAAAUAUCAUACUAAAGGAGUGGCUCUGAUUUAUGUACAGAAUAAUAUGAAAAAGCUCUGAGACCAGGUUGCAGAGGUUAUUGCAUUUAAGUUAUUUAGCAGACGCUCUUAUCCAGAGCGAUUUACAGGAACAAUUACGGCUAAGUGCCUAAGUGCUCAAGGGCACAUCGACAGAUUUUGUCACCUAGUCGGCUCGGGGAUUAGAACCAGCGACCUUUUGGUUACUGGCACAACGCUCUUAACCACUAAACUACCUGCCGCCCCGCCCCAGGAUAAGCCUUCCAAUAACCCUUUGGCUAUGCUGGCUGUGCAGCACCAUCUCAUCUUUCGCAUCAAAUCACAAUUGGUCAUCAUCAAAAGUGGUAGGUAUAGGCUAAUACAGUAGGCUACAUUGAUUCAGGUCUUCAUUUAGUGACACUUGUAUCCAAUGACGGUGUAAUAACUAUAAUACUUGCGUCUACCCAGUGCCUAAUAGCCUUUUGAAAAGUAAGCGUAUACGGUCCCAUUGCACGAAAUAGGACAAUUAUGAUAAUCUCAGCAAUCUCUGUGCUGCUUGCCUUGAGAAAUGUGAGAACGUGCCUGAGUUGUCCAUUCACAACACAAAUGUAUGCACUCACUAACUGUAAGUCGCUCUGGAUAAGAGCGUCUGCUAAAUGACUAAAAUGUAAAGCCUGCCUGACUGUCUACCCUGCUGUUCUGGGGAGGGGAGGGGAGGGGGGGGGGGGGGGCAUAGACCGAGCUGAGAGAGAGCGAGGUUAUCACAAGGACUGGAAGGCAUUCAACAAGUCUCCUAUUGGCCAAUUAGGCCUGUAGGGGGGUUAAAGAACAUUUAAAUGGUUAACACUUGAUAAUAAUCACUUGUCUAGAGGUGAUCACAUUCACUCAGUGGUCCGACGGGUCUUUUUACAAGAGAGACGAAAGAGAGAUAGCGGUCUGAAUUGAGCUAUUCCCCCUGAGCUUCCACACAAUAUGUGGUCGUGGGUGUGAAAGAAAAACACGGAUUUGCGAGACUAAUAAAUUAAUUUAGACUUUGGAACAGGCCUAUAGAGCUGCGCCAGGUACGAAAAUGAGUUAGCCAUGGCUCAUUGGACAAUGCCUAUGGGGAAAUGAAUGGGGCUUUUGGAGGGGGUUUUGGACAAUAAGGUCUGAGGAUAACACAGGAAUAGGAUAUCAUACGUUUUGUAAUAUCAGUCAGUCAAGUAAGUAGCCUUGGCUUGUGUGAGCCGAAACGGCUCGUAGGGCAGGAGCCGAUCUCCUGUUUCUGUAGCGGGUACAAGUACAGCCCCUGGACAGGACGCCAGUCUAUCUCCUGUUUCUGUAGGGUGAGGCAGCUUGAUGUACAGUACAGCCCCUGGACAGGACGCUAGUCUAUCUCCUGUUUCUGUAGCGGGUACAAGUACAGCCCCUGGACAGGAUGCCAGUCUAUCGCAGGUCCUUACCCCCAAAUCUAUCUCCUUAAUGCUGAGUGCCAAGCAGAGACACAUCAGGUCCCAUUUUUACAGUCUUUGGUAUGACUCUGCCAGAGAUUGAACUCACAACUUCCCAGUCUCAGGACACUUUAACCACAAGGCCACCAAGACUUUAGCUGAUGAAGAUUAUCUCAUAGAACAAAAGUAUACGAUCUCCUAAGGCUGUGUUUACCACAGACCUUAUUUUAGGCGUUUAUCCAAAAACCCAUAGGUUUUGACCAACAAGCCUCUGUUAAUAGAGUCCCACAGUGGAGGUGUCAUAAUACCCAUAAAACCUAGCGGUCAAACAGGGAAAUGGUUCCAGUCGUUUUUUCCACCAUUCAUUUUUCCCAUAGGGGAUAUUAGAAACAUUUAAAAUAAGGGCUGUGUUUCGUGUAGGCUUACCCUGGCGUGAUGUUUUGAUAACUGUAAAUCUCUCUCAGACAAGGUGACUUUUAUCAAUAUAUUCGGCUCUAUUUACACUCAGUUUAAAAAAUGCUAAUUAGCAUCAAAGUAGACAUCAUGCAAGACUACAAAUCCCUGCAAGCUCCUGCACGUCAUCUCUAACAGACACCUUUGCUAACAGGUAUUGUGUCAAUUUAAAACUUGCACAAGACAGUUCACAGAAUUGUCAAUUUAAAGAAAUGUAGCCAAUUUAUUCAUUACUAAAUUUAGCUAACAUUAGAUCAUUAAUCCAGAGAUUCUUACCUUUGCCUCGAUUCGGCAGUCUCUUCCAGAUCAUCAUGGCAUUUGUAGUUCUUUAUGAUAGCCACAUUAGCAUCUAAUUAGCAUUUAAUUUUUGGGGGGUAAAUACAGGCAAAUAUAUUGAUAAGUCACCUUGCCCUAGAGAGAUUUACACGGUUUUUCAAAACGUCACGCCCUUAUUUUAAGUGUUUCUAAAAUCCCUUAUGGGAAAAAUGAACGGUAGAAAAACAAUUGGAACCAUUUCCUUGUUUGACCGCUAGGUUUUAUGGGUAUUAUGACUCAUACUGAGGUAUUCUAUGCCUGCAAAUAUACACCAUUACUAUUGGUUUCUAUAGACAGCCAUGGUCACCUUUGAUGCAACUGGUUUGCAUCUCUCUCUCUCACCCCAGAGCUCACUGCCAUGGUAACCACAGCCAGCCUCUCUCUCUCUCUCUCUCUCUCUCUCUCUCUCUCUCUCUCUCUCUCUCUCUCUCUCUCUCUCUCUCUCUCUCUCUCUCUCUCUCUCUCUCUCUCUCUCUCUCUCUCUCUCUCUCUCUCUCUCUCUCUCACACACUGUUACACUAUUAAGUUAUUCUGCUCAACCAAUGCAAUAGUAAAAGUGUUUCCUGUAGAUUGUUUUUAGUCACUGGAUGUUUUGUUAUGACCCAAGGUUAAGGGCAGCAGGGUUGAUUUACUAUUGGCCAGCCUGUCACCUUCACAGACAAAGUAACAGGUCUAUCCUGCCUGCCAGUGUGAUGUGAGGUGGGGGAGGGGUAUGAGUUUGGGGAUGUUUGGAAAUGAGACUGAUAGAGGAGAGGGACUGGUAACCAUCGACAACGAGCCAGAGUGACUCAUCCUGCUAGACUGGAAGUGUUGUUGCCCUCCGUUACUAUUGCAUCAUGGGAGACGAGAUUAAUUUCAACACACAGCGUAUGGAGUAGAGAACAGUAGAGUGGUGUAGAAUAGGGUAGGGAAUGUGCUAUAGUAGUGGAUGUGUAGGGUAGGGAAUGUGCUAUAGUAGUGGAUGUGUAGGGUAGGGAAUGUGCUAUAGUAGUGGAUGUGUAGGGUAGGGAAUGUGCUAUAGUAGUGGAUGUGUAGGGUAGGGAAUGUGCUAUAGUAGUGGAUGUGUAGGGUAGGGAAUGUGCUAUAGUAGUGGAUGUGUAGGGUAGGGAAUGUGCUAUAGUAGUGGAUGUGUAGGGUAGGGAAUGUGCUAUAGUAGUGGAUGUGUAGGGUAGGGAAUGUGCUAUAGUAGUGGAUGUGUAGGGUAGGGAAUGUGCUAUAGUAGUGGAUGUGUAGGGUAGGGAAUGUGCUAUAGUAGUGGAUGUGUAGGGUAGGGAAUGUGCUAUAGUAGUGGAUGUGUAGGGUAGGGAAUGUGCUAUAGUAGUGGAUGUGUAGGGUAGGGAAUGUGCUAUAGUAGUGGAUGUGUAGGGUAGGGAAUGUGCUAUAGUAGUGGAUGAGUAGGGUAGGGAAUGUGCUAUAGGAGUUGUUUGGUACUAGCAACAGGAGUUGUAUCUACCCUGGCAUUAAACAGGCUGUAGAAGCUACACUGAAGUUUACAGUCAAUUCAGAGAAAGUAAAACCAUAGAGAUUUAGUUUAGAGUACCAGGAAGAUGAACACUCUUAUGCCUCUCACAGGGAUUUACUGUCUUUGUAAUUAAAUAAAUAAUUGAAUGACUUCUCAUAUUGGAUCAUAAGCACUUUAUAAUGACGGCAUAAGCUUAGUUUAGAUAAGCAGAUGUUUGGUUGGUUUUUCAGCCAUUUGGAAAGUGAUUUUAUAGACAUGUCCAUUAGUUACUGGGCUCUGGUGGCAAAGGAGGACACUGAAUUAGAUUGAAAGUCAUCUCAAUCAGCAUUGUAUCCAUCUAACCCCCAAAUAACAGUAUCUAUGGUUAAAGAACAUAACUUCAAACUUGCUUUUCUGUAUUUUGAUGAUUAUUUGAAUUCUAGCCAGCCACGCCACACCAUGCAUGGCUCAGCACUUUAAACCCCAGACGUCUUCUGUUCAGCAGCCUGCCAGGCAAAUGUCUAAGGAGAGGGAAGAUUCCCUGGAAUUUCCAGUUAGAAUCAAUUCAGGCAAAAUGUUCAAAGGGGCCCUGGCGGGGUGAUGAUGGGGAAUACUGGAGUAUUGUCGCCAGUCACCACUUCACCAUGUUAGAUCUGCUAAAACAGGACGUAUCAGUACACCAUCUACUACUAAUCUGUCCCAUAUGUCCAUUUGUGAUGAAUCCCUUCUCUCUUUAUCUCCACAGUUAAAAUCUUGUUGUUCUACCUGAUCUUCUAUGGAUGCUUGGCCGGGAUUUUCAUUGGGACCAUCCAGGCCCUGCUGCUAACCCUUAGUAACUACAAACCCACCUACCAGGACAGAGUCGCCCCACCAGGUAAAGACUGCUCCACUCCCCUUAUACUGCUUUAUCUUUAUGCUGCUUUAUACUGCUUUAUACUGCUUUGUGUUGCUUUAUGCUGCUUUAUACUGCUUUAUACUGCUUUGUGUUGCUUUAUGCUGCUUUAAACUGCUUUAUGUUGCUUUAUACUGCUUUAUGUUGCUUUAUACUGCUUUAUACUGCUUUGUGUUGCUUUAUACUGCUUUAUACUGCUUUGUGUUGCUUUAUGCUGCUUUAUACUGCUUUGUGUUGCUUUAUACUGCUUUAUACUGCUUUGUGUUGCUUUAUGCUGCUUUAUACUGCUUUGUGUUGCUUUAUACUGCUUUAUUAUACUGCUGUAUACUGCUUUGUGUUGCUUUAUACUGCUUUAUGUUGCUUUAUACUGCUUUAUGUUGCUAUAUGUUGCUUUAUUAUGUUGCUUUAUAUAGCUUUAUACUGCUUUGUUGCUUUAUAGUGCUUUAUACAAUAUCCUUUUAUCAUUUUGUUAAGUGUGAUUUCCAUCAGAUGCUAAUUGAAGUGUCCAAGUAUAAAGAUGUGCUCUGGAGCUGGUCGUGAUUGGGGGAUUAUAUCAAAUCUUCAAAUCUUCAAUCAAGACACUGUUUGCGAUGUUCCGUUGGCUCAGUGGAACGAGAAAUAUUUAAUGCCAUUAUAAUUUAACGAUUAUAGCUUCUGUAGUAAAUGUGUUUUACAGAGAACAUGUAUACUGUGUACAUAAAUGGAAAUACAACCAUGAUUAAAACAUAUAGGCAUAGUAAGUAGCUGUAAAAUGUAUGGCAAAUAAUAUUGAAACUUGAAAUACAGGCCCAGAUAAAGUUCUCAAAUAUGUAAGAGAAUAUUUGAAUAGGCUUUUAUCAGAAUCGACCAUAAUGCAUUGUACCAUAUAAACCGCUGUGAAAUAUAUUUUCCAUAACCAAAAACAUUGUAUUUUCAGCUGUUAGAAGUUGGGUACAAAACCGAAAAGAAACAGACAGGAAAACUAAACUUAAGAAUGGGAAGCAUAGAAAUAGUGCAGAUAGAACAGAUCUACCUUCUUAGACUUGAUUUCAAUGAGAAUGACAGAUCUAUAACUCACAUUUCUAUGUGAAUUUGAUCGGGUUGCCCCAAAAACGUACAUAUUGCAGCUUCAAGGGCUUCUAACAUGUUACUGUUGCCCGGUCGGUGAAGGAUUGUGGUUACUGGGCCCCUUUAUGUUGCUGUUAUGUGGUUGACUGCUUAUUUCCAAGGUUUCUGUAAAAACCUGCUCCUGAACGCCGCCUCCUCCCCACUGAAGGUCCCUCUGACCUCCGACAGCUUCAGACAUUUUGUCCUUCACUCUUCCUCCUCCCCUCUUCCUCCUCCCUCCCUGCCAGCUUCCCUCCUCAGCCUUCAGCUCCGGGAAACACAGCAUUCACCGUUUUUACUGGGACUCAACUGCCUGUCUGUUCAUGAACACAUCCUUUGGAGUGGGUUCUCACACCCUGCGUGUGCACGCUCAUAUGAGCCUGUACUCCUGUAUGAGCCAGUUUGCUACAGCAGCAGAAUAAUCCUGCAGCAACAGGAAAUGUGAAUUAUCAUGUGGAUUAUAAUUAAUGGACAUUUUUGUAGGGGGUUGCUCCAUUUUUCAAAAGAGAAAAUCAAGUCUGAAAUUUCUAAGUGGAUAUUACAAACUCCAGAAGCCUUUUUAAACCUCAAAUACACUACAAGUUUUACAUUUCCUGCAACGGUUCUCCUGCAACAGGGUGAUCAAAUUAAGAUCCUAAAUCGUUACAUUCCCUGGAAAAGGCAGUGGAGGUUUUUUUCUUCAUAACGUGGAGUCAGAGAAUCAAACCUCCUAAGCCUGUUUGGAGAAAUUCUUUCUGUAAUCUUUUGAAGGCACGUUGAAAGAGUCGAAACAGUGCAGCCUUUUGUAUUAGAAUUUACUGCUUCCUUAAUCUGACUGGGAGUACAUUUAGAAGCACUGUUUCUCUCUCUCUCUCUCAAUGUAAGGGCUUUAUUGGCAUGGGAAACGUAUGUUAACAUUGCAGUAAACAAAAGUGAAAUAAACAAUAGAAAUGAACAGUAAACAUUACACUCUGAAGUUCCAAAAGAAUAAAGACAUUUAAAAUGUCUUAUUAUGUAUAUAUACAGUGUUGUAACGAUGUGCAAAUAGUUAAAGUACAAAAGGGAAAAUAAAUAAACAUAAAUAUGGGUUGUAUUUACAAUGGUGUUUGUUCUUCACUGGUUGCCCUUUUCUUGUGGCAACAGGUCACAAAUCUUGCAGCUGUGAUGGCACACUGUGGUUUUUCACCCAAUAGAUAUGGGAGUUUAUUAAAAUUGGUUUUACUCAAUAGAUAUGGGAGUUUGGCUGUGCCAAGGCCUGUUUGCACAGCACAUGCUGUCACCUAGGCUGUAUUUUUAGCAGCCAUUGUAAAAGACUGGCUUCAUGCACAUGGGCCUGUUUGCCUGUCGGCCAUUUCCCCCUCCAAAGCUGUUGACUAUCAAAGGCCGGCCCGCGCUGAGAGGCAGCAGAAACCACAUAAGUAGGUGUGGAGUGUCGUGAGUUUCCAUUGGUGGCCAGAUAAAGGAAGGAGAAGGCUCUCAUUCUGAGGCUAAAAGUUUCCAUUGUGAGUGAAGAGCACGCGAGGCUGCCGGUUGGGAGGGGGGAUGGAAGAGACUUUCACAAGCCUUGACUGGAAGUAAAACAACUUGACUAUAUUGAACAUGUGACUCCCCAUAGCAUGUGCUAGGACAUAUGUUUUGAGUAGCAUUAAGCUUUAAGACGUGAACGGUUGGUUUUCAUUGAGAUCUUACACAAUAGACACUGGAUGAGGAUUCCUAUUUGGACGUUAAAAGAGCGUGGUUAAAGAAACACAAUGACGUUUCCUCUCGUCUCGUCUCCUCCCCCUCUCUCUCUCUCAUCUCCUCCCCCUCUCUCUCUCUCUCGUCUCCUCCCCCUCGCUCUCUCUCGUCUCCUCCCCCUCUCUCUCUCUCGUCUCCUCCCCCCCUCUCUCUCUCUCGUCUCCUUCCCCUCUCUCUCUCGUCUCCUCCCCCUCUCUCUCUCUCGUCUCCUCCCCCUCUCUCUCUCUCGUCUCCUCCCCCUCUCUCUCUCUCGUCUCCCCCCCCCUCUCUCUCUCUCGUCUCCUCCCCCCUCUCUCUCUUUCUCUCGCUGUGUUCAUGCCACACCUAGCUGUGACCCUGUGUGUGCACCAGGGCUGUCAGUCCAUGGAAAAUUACUGCCACAGUUUAAACAGAGCCCAUCUGAAGAGAACGAUUAGACACAGAGGGAGGGGAGGGGGGGGGGGGUGUCGAGGCUUUUAUGAUUUUAUUCACACUAACGGAAAUUAAUUAAUGGUUAACCAUCAUUUAUAGCUAAAAAUGAAUUUUGAUUUAAUCUCAAAGAAAGUCACUUAAUUCAGGAUUAUAUAUAUACCUAUUACAUUGGUAUGUAGUGUUUGGGGGUGGUAGGACCCACUUUGGGUUUCAGUAGACCUUUUGAAUGGGCCAUUUAUAAUCCUGUUAGAUGCCCUCUCCAUCUGGCAAAUCUUCCUCCCUAGUUCUCUACUCACAGACUGAUUCAUGAAUGAGGACUCAUUCUAUUUCUAUGAUUAUACUGAUCUCUUAUCUAGGGAUUUUUACUUCUGUCUGUCAAAUAAUAAGAAUACAAAUAAUAACAAUCAGAAUAAUACAUUUUAUUUGUAGAGCGCUUUUCACUUACAGACAGAAAUCACAAAUCUCUUUACAUGUCUCAUCUGUAUCAUCCAUACUAACCCAGUGUGUUGUCUACCUACAGGUCUGUCAUCCAUACUAACCCAGUGUGUUGUCUACCUACAGGUCUGUCAUCCAUACUAACCCAGUGUGUUGUCUACCUACAGGUCUGUCAUCCAUACUAACCCAGUGUGUUGUCUACCUACAGGUCUGUCAUCCAUACUAACCCAGUGUGUUGUCUACCUACAGGUCUGUCAUCCAUACUAACCCAGUGUGUUGUCUACCUACAGGUCUGUCAUCCAUACUAACCCAGUGUGUUGUCUACCUACAGGUCUGUCAUCCAUACUAACCCAGUGUGUUGUCUACCUACAGGUCUGUCAUCCAUACUAACCCAGUGUGUUGUCUACCUACAGGUCUGUCAUCCAUACUAACCCAGUGUGUUGUCUACCUACAGGUCUGUCAUCCAUACUAACCCAGUGUGUUGUCUACCUACAGGUCUGUCAUCCAUACUAACCCAGCGUGUUGUCUUCCUACAGGUCUGUCACACACCCCACGCUCUGAAAAGUUUGAGAUCUCUUACGAUAUCAACGAUGUGGAGACGUAUCAGAAGUACACCAAGAGCAUCAAGGAGUUCCUGGAGAUGUACAAUGAGGAGAAGCAGAGUGACCAGAUGAAGUACGAAGACUGUGGAGGC